AAGCAGAACGCUGACGGUGAUCUACUUUCCGAGGGUUCCCUGAACGCAGCCCCCGUCGGUCCCUGCGUCAGCAGCCGCUCCGGUGCUUCUGUUUGUUUCGGCUCGUUUACCGGAAGGCUUACCGACCGGUCCGGUCGCCGUUCACACGGAUUUUCGGUAAACCUCUGCUGAAGUCAUCUCUGGACCGUCUCGCUCGCCUCGGACUCGAACCUCCAUCACAGCCGUCGGACCUUUGAUCCACAGCUUCUGCAAUGUAAAGAACUGGUGGUCUGGUGGGCGGAGCCAUAGGGAAACGCUAACCUGGACGCGGAUGAUUGUGUCUGCAGAGUGUAUGAUGUCUGAGAGCAGCCGCCAUGGCCUGCAGCGGCGGUCAGAGCAACGCCGAAACUCUGGAGGGCUUCCACGAGGUGAACUUGGCCUCGCCCACCACACCUGACCUCCAGAACCAAACAGAACAGCGCCCUCCCGCCCGUCAGAGCACCCCGCCCACCUCUCUGUAUCGCACACACUCUCUGGGACCGCCCCCCUCCAGCCUCCCCACCUCCCUGCGGGCCGACCAGCUUCCCACGCAGCCGGUUUACUCGGCGCCGCGGCACAGCCACAAUGGAAGCGUGCCGGGUCUGGAGGCGGAGUCCGGUGAGAGCAACUUCCUGUCUGGAGAGGAAGGGGAGGAGUGCAGCGCUCUGAGUGAGAGCCUGUCGAGGCUGAGAAGCCCGUCGGUGAUGGAGGUCCGAGAGAAAGGAUACGAGAGGCUGAAGGAGGAGCUGGCCAAAGCUCAGAGGGAGCUGCUGUUGAAGGAUGAGGAGUGUGAAAGGUUGUCUAAAGUCAGAGACCAGCUCGGCCAGGAGCUGGAGGAGCUCACCGCCAGUCUCUUCCAGGAAGCCCAUAAGAUGGUGAGAGAAGCAAACGUCAAGCAGGCAAACGCUGAGAAGCAGCUGAAAGAAGCUCUGGGGAAGAUCGACGUGCUGCAGGCUGAGGUCCAGGCCCUGAAGACGCUGGUGCUCUCCUCUCCCAGCUCCCCGGUCGGUGAGCUCCCCUCAGCAGGAGGUGGAGGAGUCAAGACUCCCUUCAGGAAGGGCCACAGCAGAAACAAAAGCACCUCCUCUGCCAUUCUGGGGACGCAGCCCGACCCAUCGGCCACCGAGCCCAUCGUUCGGGAGUGCAGGGAGGUGGACAGUCAGCUGUUCAGCGAGUUCAAGGCGUGGAAGGAGGAGCCCACACUGAGCCGGAGCUGCUGCUUCUUGGAGAGGGUUUACAGGGAGGACAUCUACCCUUGCCUCACCUUCAGCAAGAGCGAGCUGGGUUCGGCCAUCUUGGAGGCGGUGGAGCAGAACACGCUCAGUGUGGAGCCCGUGGGCUUCCAGCCGCUGCCCGUGGUCAAGGCGUCGGCGGUGGAGUGCGGCGGACCAAAAAAAUGUGCCCUGAGCGGUCAGACCAAAACCUGCAAGCACAGAAUCAAGUUUGGAGACUCGUCCAGCUACUACUACGUCUCCCCCUUCUGUAGAUACAAAAUCACAGCCGUCUGCAACUUCUUCACCUACAUCCGCUACAUCCAACAAGGGCUGGUCAAGCAGCAGGACGUGGAGCAGAUGUUCUGGGAGGUGAUGCAGCUCCGCAGGGAGAUGUCCUUCGCCAAGCUCGGCUACUUCAGGGACCAGCUGUGAGCGGACGCCGCCGCCGCACACUCCCACCUGAUGCUCUGCCCCACACUCCCCCCCACCUGUCAUUUUGAAGCUCCGCCUCCCAUCCUCCCCCCUCCCUGUGCGUGAGUGUGUUUGUGCGGACUGACAAACGGCGCCCCCUCUGGUCAGCUGUUCUUUUUCGACUCCGUUCAAUGAAGAAAAAAAACCUGCGACUUAUUAAACGGAAGAGAUCAAUAUUUUCUCAAAAAACAUUGAGAUAUUUUUUAUUAUUUAAAGUUUAUGUGGAAAAAAAACGACCAAGUAAUUCAUAAACACUAAUUUUAAUGUUUUUGCAUCAAUUUGAUGCAAAAACGUUUAGCUUGAAGGUAAAAAAUGACAUUUAGACUAAAGCAUGAAACUGUAAAGAUCACAAAACCCCUGGAAUUUAUUGUGUUUAAUUUAUAUCUUUUAAUUAGAUUUUAGCUCUUAAUAUUGAUCAUAUUAAAUAUUUUUUUUAAAAUGCUGUAAUGCAGUUGAACAGAAACUAAUUAUUUUAGAUGUUUGUUUAGUUUGUUAAAUUCACCUUUAAUUUAAUUUAAAGCUGUUUUGUGUUCGAAACUUUCAGUUUAUCUUGUAAAAUUUGAAUCUUUUUCCAAAAAACUUUGCAAAAAAUUCCCCAAAAUGCUGCAAAAACAAUUUGUGUAGAAACGUUUAAAACAUCAUACAUUUAUUUUGUUUGAAAUUUUGAUUUUUAGCAUUUUUUUUUUUUUUUAAACUUGUUUAUUUUAUUUCUUUAAAGACGUUUAUGCUAAAAAUGGCCGCCUUCCUCUGCAGUUGUGUUUUCCGUGGAACGCCGUUCGGCGCCCGGAUCGUUUCUGAUCUCUGCAGAGCGGAUGAAGCUCUGCUCCUGACGCCGCUGUGAACUGACGGCUCUGCAGAGACGCCGCAUGGCUGUCGUGGUCGGCGUGUGAAUGUGAGGCCCCUCCUCUUGCAUCUGUGUGUCCCCGCCCCCUCUCCCCGGUUUGGUUCAGUGCCUUUUCUCUCAGACACUCUGAAAUAAAAACAGGAAUACCUCUGGAAA